CGAGAGGUUGCUUUCGCUUCCGUCGUUCUCUUUGUCGCCGAUCGAGCAAGAUGCCUUCCAGACUGAGGAAGACGAGGAAACUAAGGGGGCAUGUCAGUCAUGGCCACGGUCGUAUUGGCAAACACAGGAAACACCCUGGAGGCCGUGGCAAUGCUGGCGGUAUGCACCACCAUAGAAUUAACUUUGACAAAUACCACCCUGGUUAUUUUGGAAAAGUUGGUAUGAGACAUUACCACUUGAAAAAGAACCAGCACUUCUGCCCAACAGUGAAUCUGGAUAAGCUCUGGACGCUUGUUAGUGAGCAGACAAGGCUGAAUUAUGCUAAAAAUCCAGCAGGACUAGCUCCAGUUAUUGAUGUUGUACGCUCUGGGUAUUACAAGGUCUUGGGCAAAGGAAAGCUGCCGAAGCAGCCUGUCAUUGUGAAAGCAAAGUUCUUCAGCCGAAGAGCAGAAGAGAAAAUCAAGGAAGUCGGAGGAGCCUGUGUCCUAGUGGCAUAAAUGUUUAUAUAUGUAUGCAAAUUUAAUUACAGGCAUGAAUAAACUAUUUCAGAUGUUGGA